AUGCCCCAUUUCGUAAGCACUAAAGACGAAAUUGUGAGUAUAGUUAUUGUUUUUCGAUAAUAUUAAAAGCUUUUAAAAUAUUGUUUUGAUUUUUUGACAGAUACAAAAUAUGGAUGAUAUUGCUUCUGAUUUUGCUUGUCUUAAAGUGUCUGCUCUAAAAAAAGCCUCUCGUAUAUCAGGUGAAGUGAAUAGAAUAACAAUUGGUCCUGAUUCUAUAAUGAACGAAAGCAAAACUGAAAAAUCGGAAAAUAUAGAAAAUGAACGGAAUUCUUGUAAUAUUACAGUUCCACAGAAACCUAUUCGCUCACAGAAUAAGAUUUCUAUACAAAGUGAACGUGAACGCAAAAGCAAAGAAAAUUAUGCAUAUAUACUGGCAGAAGAAAGAAUAGCUGAACAAGAAGAAAUACGUAGAAGGCAUGAACGACAAAAAGAAGUUGAAAAAUAUAGAAAAGAAAUGAAAGAAAAAGAAGAAUUGACUAAAGAAAUAAUGAUUUUAAGAAAUGUGUAUGUCCAAAAAAAUAAUGAUUUUGAAAAAUAUCGUGAUAUGAUAGCACUUUCUGAAAGUUAUAAAAAUAAAAAUUCUUUUGCCUUGGUAUUAUCUUCUUAUGCUGCAAAAUUAGAAGAGUUACAUCUACAAAUGAAACUUAUAGAUGAAAAAAUUAAGAUAGAAUAAAUAUUCAGAGUGAAGUAAAUUUAACUAGAGUAGAAAAUAUGAUACAUUCUCAUACAACGCAAUUGGCAGAAUCACAGGAGCUUCCAAAUAGUCAAACAGUUUGUGAGCCAGUUAUAUCAGAACAAAUUAAUACCGAAACUAACGAAGUACAGAAAUAUGAAGAUGAAGAAGAAAAAGGAAAUAUAGUACCAGAGAAUAUGAUUUCUACAAAUAUUUCGCAAGAAACUCCAAUUAUUAAUAUAGAAGAAAAUAUAUCAACAGCAGAAUCGGAUAAAGACUAUUUGUAUAAAUAUGUCAAUAAAGAAUUGUUAGAAAUAUAUGUGAAUAAUCAAAAAUUUUUAGAAAAUUAUGUAAAAACGUUUGAUGAAUUUUUACAAUCUUCAGCUACGAAAAAGUUUAGAUUUGAAUGUCAAAAAGCAAUAAAUAUACCUGUAAAUGCAAUAUCUGGUAUUAGUCAACAGCACCUGACAGAUAAAUAUGAAAAAUUGCAUAAUCUGCUUAUGGGAAAAUCUUGGCCAAAUGUUAAUCAACAUCCGCAUGGGGCAGAUUUUUGUAAAAAUAUUUUAGCUAAAAAAUUAGUUAAUCAAGGUGAGACGCUUGUUUCAAGUAAACCAAAGAUGGCAUUUCCCAUUGCUGCUAUAAUCGUCGCUCUUUGGAACGAUCAUUCUGAUUUUGGUGAUUUACUUCUGUCACAUUUUUACAACGUUUGUCCAUUUACGGUUCCUAUCUUUAUGCCAAAAAUGGUAGGACAAUCGAAUGAUGAUUAUUAUAAAUUAAUGGGUUAUAAAUAUGCUGAAGAUGGUACAAUUGAGAAACAUGAUAAAUUUUUGAAAAGAAUGUCUGGUUUGAUGAGACUUUAUGCUUCUAUUACUAUCACGACUCAAAGAAAAGGAGUUACUAAAACUAAUCCACAUGGACUGCAAAAGGCAUGGCAAUGGCUGGCUGCUAUUUCAAAUAUUGAACCGCGAAAAGAAGUAACAGAUCUUUGUGCAACUCUCUUAUUAGAUAUGCUUGAAGUUGCUGGAAAUACAUUAUGGAUCGCAUAUCGAAAACAAUUCCAUAAAAUGUUAGCUUUAUUAUCAGAAGAAUAUUAUCCGCGCAUGAAAAAUACAGGAUCUAUUGGUAGUGGCCCAUUGGUACGUCUCGAAGAAUUUUUGAAGAACAGCUUAGCAAAAGGUUCUAUACCUGCUCCUGAUGGUCAACUUCCUCCAAAUUUUUGGUGA